CGUAACGUGAUAGCUCAGCACCUGGACUCCGGGAGGAAAGAAGAGACGACCAGCCUCCCUCCUCUGUCUGUUAUCUACCGAAAAGGAGCGGUGCAGCAGCCAAUGGAGGCCUCAAGGAGACGAACCCAGCACGGGGCCAACCGGGCCAACGGGAAGGACUCAGAACAGGGGGAGCAGCCGGCGCAGUGGGGGCGAGCGUGGGAGGUGGACUGGUUCUCCCUCGUCAGUGUGAUCGCCCUCCUCUGCUUCGCCCCCUUCAUCGUCUACUACUUCGUGAUGGCCUGUGACCAGUACCAGUGCUCCGUCAGCCAGCCCCUGUUGGAGUUGUUCCGAGGAGAGACCACGCUGCUCUCCAUCUGGGCCCGGUCACCCUCCAUAACCUGGGCCGCUGCCAAAAUAUAUGCCGCCUGGGUUGGCUUUCAGGUGUUCCUGUACAUGUGCGUUCCUGAUGUGACCCAUAAGUUUAUUCCCGGCUACGUCGGUGGAGUGCAGGAUGGAGCACGAACUCCCGCUGGCCUGAUCAACAAGUACGAGAUCAACGGGCUCCAGUGUUGGCUGAUCACUCACGCUCUGUGGUGCGCCAACGCCCAGCAUUUCCACUGGUUUUCUCCCACCAUCUUAUUCGACAACUGGAUCCCCCUGAUGUGGUGCGCUAACAUACUGGGCUACGCUGUGGCCAGCUUUGCUUUCGCGAAGGCCUACCUCUUCCCCACCAACUCGGAGGACUGCAAGUUCACGGGGAACAUCUUCUACAACUACAUGAUGGGCAUCGAGUUCAACCCGCGCGUUGGCAAGUGGUUCGACUUCAAGCUCUUCUUCAACGGCCGGCCCGGCAUCGUGGCCUGGACUCUCAUCAAUCUGUCCUUCAUGGCCAAGCAGCAGGAGCUGUACGGACACGUGUCCAACUCCAUGAUCCUGGUCAACGUGCUGCAGGCCAUUUAUGUGCUGGAUUUCUUCUGGAACGAGGCGUGGUACCUGAAGACCAUCGAUAUCUGCCAUGACCACUUCGGAUGGUAUCUGGGCUGGGGAGACUGCGUGUGGCUGCCCUACCUCUACACACUGCAGGGUCUGUACCUGGUGUACCACCCGGUCCAGCUGUCCAACGGCCACGCCCUGGCCGUCCUGCUGCUCGGCCUGGUCGGCUACUACAUCUUCCGCUCCACCAACCAUCAGAAGGACCUGUUCCGGCGCACGGAGGGCUCCUGCUCCAUCUGGGGCGGGAAGCCGGCGCACAUCGAGUGCUCCUACCGCUCCGCCGACGGCGGCGUCCACCGCAGCAAGCUCAUGGUCUCGGGGUUCUGGGGAUUGGCCCGCCACUUCAACUACACGGGCGACCUGAUGGGCUCGCUGGCCUACUGCGCCGCCUGCGGCUUCGGCCACCUCCUCCCGUACUUCUACAUCGUUUACAUGACCAUCCUGCUGGUGCACCGCUGCGUGCGCGACGAGCACCGCUGCGGCAGCAAGUACGGCAAGGACUGGAAGCGCUACACGGACGCCGUGCCUUACCGACUCAUUCCCGGGGUGUUUUAGAGCAGGAGGGGCGGGGGACGGAGAGGUCGGGGGGGGGUAAGAUUAAAAAGGGUUCAGAGUUCGUGGGAAGAGGAACACAAGGGGUUUGUGUUUUCCGCGUAUCCAGAAUGCGUCACACUGAGCAUUUCAACAGCGCACAUGUGCAACCAGCUGUACAUGUGCGCUGCUUUCAUGACGCUGCGACCAGUUAACAGUCAAACACAUCGUAACGGGAUGACAGCAGAGGAGCUACGAGGACCAGGCACUUGAACCAGAAGCCAAAAUCAGGAAGAAGAGUCAAAAUACAACUCCAGAGCCCAUUUUAAACAUGCAGCCUAUUGUGGCUGAUAUUUACGUUUAUAGUCGGGAGGCGACCUCUCGUGGUCGUGCUCAUAAUGGCUUCGCAAAGGAGGAAGUCAGGUAACGCAGCGUAAAGGUGCGUUCACACCAAAAGCGAAACUAUUUUUCGCGUCGCCCAAAACGCGUGAGUUUACUCGCUCGACCGUUCACCGUGUUCACUUCAUAAACGUCGAGACGCUCCGUGUCUCGUCUCCGUAAAGACCGGUAUCAUCUCCUUCAUCCACCAGAAUAACUAACCACUAGUUCUGCUUUAUAUUUGUCGUGGACGUCUCACACACUAACGCCCUCGUGUUUGGGUUCAUAACGUCACCCGUAGGCUCACACAGCUCGGUGACUUUCAGAAUAACUCCCGCUUCCAGCGCUACUCGAGCAGCAGCAGCGGUUUGACUCACCAACGGCGGAGCAUCUCAACGCUGAUUGGCCUUCGCAACGCAGCAUUCUGGUCUUUCCUCGACCUCCACUCAACUUGUUUAAUACUUAAACAUCUCCGUGACUUAUUGAGUGUCGUAAUAAUCGCGGGACGUAACGAAUUGAUAAUGACUUUCAUGAAUUUAUAUUUUUAUAGAUUUUAUCGAUUCGUUGUUGCAGCCCUACGGGUCAAAGUGACUCAGCAGGCCACCGUUAGCGUGACAAACCCAACCAAACUGCACCCGUUGGACAACAUUAACCCCGUCACGACCUCCCCGUUUAGAUUUCAGCAUGUGUUAAUCUGCCACCAAGCGUGCUCCUUUUAUAAGAACCAUAAGAAAGGAUGUGUUCAUUCCUCACCAAGCUGUGACAUUCCCACGUUCCAUUUUGUCGGCUUCAUAGUCGUCAGGUUCCACGUUCUCAAAUAUCAGAAUCUGAUGUUUUUCAGUUGUAUGUCUUUGUAAAUGUAUCACCUGUCAGGAUUGCUUUUGGCUGAUGUUCAUGAAAACCUAAUUCGACGCCAGCACUGAGCACUCAGGUAACCGACGAGGAGAGCUUUUCAUUACUCCGCCUUCAGACUAAAUGAGUGAUUAUACAUGAAUUAGUAAUAUAUUUAUGAAUCAAUAUUGACUCAUGUUUUGUUGUUGCUCGGCUAGCUUAAUGGUCCAAAAUGUGUCGGCUCAGCAGACAAGACCUGCCUCAUAAAAAGUGUUACGUAAUCUUUGUUGAAAGGUUGUCUGAACGCUCCGAUUUAUUCACUCAGCCCGUUUCCCAUCGGACUGCCGGGGAAUGUUACAAGGGUUCGGGUUGGUUUGGUAACGGGUCCGGUCUUGUCCAGCCUCUUUAUAUUAUAGUUAUAGAACAGUUUAUUCUUUCACUGAGCCUGUAAAGGGUUCUGAAAAGAAACCAUUCCUUCAGUUAGUUGUGAUAUUUGUAUUCGCUUUGUGUUGAACCAACAUGUUGAGGAGAGCAGCUCUAUGCCGACAGAAAUGUCCAACCAUGUUUUUAUUUCCUCAUGCCAGCACUGCCUUUCUUAUCGCGAUAAAGUCAACAACAAAGUCA